AUGGCGGCGGAUCGGAAAGCUGCCGAGGCCACGGCCUCCCGGCAGACCAACACCAUUCCGGCCCCCUCGUUCCAGGAGGUACUCUCGAUCCCUGGCGCUGACACUCUGUCGCGCAACGGGUCCCCUUUGGAGGCCCCCUUCGCGCUCUUCGCACAACUCAAAGCCACACACAACUCGCCGAGGACGUGGCUUCUAACGUCGGCCCUUUCCCCGCUGCAGAUACGCCUCAUCCGCCUCCUCCUCGCGCACGGCGAUUACGUGGUCGCGUGUCUGCCCCCGCACGAGGUCGAGGACGAGCUGCGGAGCGCCGAGUUCCGCGAGCUCGUCAACGAGUGCAAGAGCACCCGCAAGGACCGCGAGGGCUGGAAGGACAGGCUGAGGGGGUGCGCGGUCAUUGGAACGGUGGAGGAGCUCUCUACGACGCCGGUUACGCAGAAUCUCGUGCGAGACCAGUUCGAAACGCUCUUCUUCUCGCAAAUCAACUUUAUCAAGGCUACGCUGCCCACCCUGAGGGAGCAGCACACAGGCCACAUCAUCGGCUACUGCGACUCCCUCGCCUACGAAAUCGCCCCAUUCAACCGUGAGGACAUGCUCACCAACGUGCUCAACAUGACGCCCGAGACGGCAGUUGAGCCUUCCACCACGGAAAUCAUCUCGCGCUACCCUAAGCUCCCCGCUGCCGCUCUCGACAAGCUCGUUAUGGAGACGGUACACGCCCUCACUGCCAUUGGCGGCCACGAGAACCCGCCCGCGCGUCACAUCGUUGGCUUCGAGGGCGCCAUUGCCGUCAAGGACAAGCUCAAGACCGUUACCGAGGAGCUAGAGGACUUUGUCGAGGCGAGCAUCGCCGUCGAUAUUCCCCAGGUUGGAGGCUCCGACAUAAAGGAGGAACGGACCACGAGCUCCCCGCCACGAUUCCCGGGACAGGUUGUUGAUGGCCUCUUCGGUUGCCUCCUCCAAAAGUCAAAACAAUACGGAAAGAAGAUGUGCAAGACCAAGGGCAUCAAGUACACGUGCGGCUGCAAGCACGAAUGCGAAUUCACCCAGUGCCAGGCGCGUUUCGUCGACCGGCUCCAAGACGAGCAUGUCGUCCACCUACGGGAUAUCACCGCCGAUGGCCGGCCAAACCGUAGUGCCGGGCGCCAUCUUCUACGAGCUCAUCACCCACAUGCCGCCCCCUCCCACCUCGCCCUCUACCCCUUCGAAGUUUACCGCGAGCCACUAGCGAUAAUUGCCGUCGCCGACGGAAAGGAGCUGGGAAACGAGGCUAUUGGGAAGCGUAACUCCAUUAACGGGAGGGCACCAACCCUCAUGGAGCAGAACCUGCGCUCGCUGGAUCAGGAGCUCGAGGGGCUGCGCGACACUUUUGGCAAGGCACUAGUCCACCAAGUCCUCAUUUUCGACUAUGAAAAGCCCCAAGGCCGCGAGAUCCACAUCCCCGAGGGUAUCACAGUAAUUCCUCCCGUGGAAAAAUCGAAGCGGACGACGAUGAAGAGCGUCAUGUGUGACAUAUCUUCUCUACUUCUUGCCGAGAUGACAACCCUCGCCAAGUCCAUCGAAGGCACAAACUUUAUCGACUCCCCAGGGCAGAUCCCUAACUCUAGAUCAUCCAACGGGUCUUCUUGGAACAAUAGCGAGGACCAGAGAAUCUCCAGGCCCGGAACGGCGGAAGGGUUCCGGACGUCGAGCCAGGAUCGCGUCUCCGUCCAAGGCUUUGGCGCGGGAGGGGCUAAUGAUCGAUGGAGACUGCGGGGCAAGGCUCGGGGAGUCAUCAUCAUUGGUUCCAUGUACCUUCAGGCUGGAAGGUGGACCGACGCCCUUAGGGAACUCAUUGAAGGUGCCACUAUGGCCCGCUCCGUAAAUGACCAUGUCUGGCACGGAAAAGCCCUAGAACUUAUCGUUGUUUGUCUUCUUCUCUUGGGUUGGGCCGGUAUCGACUUCCAGGUUCCCGUCGUCUGUCUUGCGCAGCAAGAGAAACAACCGAGCGACGGCGGGUUAAAGGACGUGGACAAUCUCGAUCCUUCCCAGCCUCUCCGGUUUCGCAACCUCCAGGUGAUACUACCCGAUCUUCUCGAUCGCAUCAUUGGACUUUACUCGCGCAUAUCAUCGGAAAGCCUACCAUCCUUUCCACUGUCCGAAGCCAUUCUCCGAUUCUGCAAGCUCCUUUCCUCGCUUCAUAUUGCGGACGGGCGGCAUAGCAGCGGUUCUGGGUCCUUUGGGCUAUCAUCGCAAAAGGGAAUGGUGGUACGAGAGUUGAUUUCGGUUCUCAUCAGCGGACUGGUAGAAGCACGGACACGUGGCGCUGCCGAGGUCGGCAUCCACCCGGCCGCCGGGCUAGUCGCCCUCGCUGCUGCCGACGGGCACCGCAAGCCCGCUGGUUCUGUGGCGCUGGAGCUUCAAGAAGGGGAUGUAGAGCAGGGGAUUGAGGCAUUCCUUGGCAUUUUGAGCAAAACGUACGGAAUCGUUGGCUACAACCCGGGUGACCAUUCCACCGAGGAGAACGGCAACGGGACAGAUGCUGAUACGGUGGCCCGGAUACGAAAGCAGACGGCAUCUCGCUUCUUCGGCUUUCCCAGCGUCAAGCUCGGCGUACUUCGUGCUUGUAUCAACUUUUCCGAGGCCCUUCCCGAUUUCAAUGGGGUUUUGAAAUUCUCGAGCGAUCUCAUGCGCACAGCGGGUUCAGGCAUCGCUCCUGGGCCCCGGCGAGAGGAGGCCGCGCCCAUUGUCCCGCGAGAGGAGCAGGUGAGGCUCGUUACGAAUAUCACAAAGACCUAUGCGCUAUCUCAGAGGCUAGGGCUCAAUAACUUGGCUGCGGAAUAUUGGGAUGAGCUUUUGGUUCGGGCCGUUGUCCUCGACCCCCUUCCAGCCGCCAAAGCCUCGGCUGCUGUGGAGCAGACGUUGGUGGUUGGUGAGCCUGCCACUUUCCGGGUAACUCUCCAAAACCCCUAUGACAUCGACCUCGACAUCGAGAGCCUCAAGGUGGUGGCCGAGGGUGCCGACUUUGAGCCCUUCGCCGAUAGCACGAUCAUCGGCCCAUAUCGCACUCAGGUACUCAAGGUCAUUGGAACCCCGAGAUCCGCAGGUGCUCUCAAAGUCACGGGUGCCAUGGUGCGGGUUCGCGGGUGCCGUGAAAGGCACUUCCACAUCUUCUCACAGCCGUGGGUGCCUGAGCGGUCGAGCACAUACAAAGCCACGGGACUCGCAGCUCUCGAGAAGAACCUAGCGUUGGAAGGUGCGGCGCCCGCGAACCUCCAACCAACGGAGCUUUCGCUCAAGGUGAUACCGGAGCAGCCUACGGUGAUUGUCAAGUCUACCACUCUCCCUCAAUCGUGCGCCAUGAUACUCGAGGGCGAACGGCAGACGUUCUCACCCGGUCUCACAAACGGGACUAUCCAAAUCGACUACGCCCACCUCGGCGUGCCACCGGAGGAGGUGGUUGACCAGUUCCACACACGGCGGGUGGGGGUGCAGCUAACAGUCACCGUCAACGCCAGCGUAGAAGUGUCGCGACAUGACAUUCUCCCUAUCCUCGAAAGUGUCCCGGAGCCCAUAUGGAGCCGCUUCAAGAAGAGCCGGGAGAACAAAGGUGACGAUGACCAGGCCGACGAACUCAAGAAAGAGGAAAGCGGUCUAGUCUCUGCAGAUCGAUACUGCUUGCUAUCCUUGGACCUUAUCAACGCCUGGCCCAGCACGAUGCUCCUACGCAUCGAGACCGACGAUGGCUUGUCCGUCGAGGAGUAUAUUUUGCCGGGCAAUACCUCGCGCGUUGUCUUCCCGGUGCGGCGCAUCUUCAUCGAAGACCCACAUGCGGCCAUACCGACUCUCAACCCCAAGCGUAAUCGGCAGUUCGUGGUAAGCACGAGUAAGACAACGCCUGACUUUGAGCGGGGAGUGCGCGAAUCGUUCUGGUAUAGAGAGAAACUUCUCGACUCCCUCAAGGCAACGUGGAAGACCUUGACGGGCCCACAGCGAUCAGGUACCGUCGAGCUGCGGGCCAUCCGGCUCGUGAGUCGGAUGGUCGACUCGCUCAAAAUCGAAGAUGUGGGUAUCGAUGUGUUCGUUGAAACCCCGGCGCUAGUGGGGAAGAAGCUGCGGAGGACGAAGAACAUGGUACGAGUCCGGUUGCGCAACAGGACAACGAAGCCAAUCUAUCCACUUCUACGCGUGAUGCCAGCCCUAUGCCACCGGCCGACCAACGUGGCACUCGAUUAUGCGAGGAAGUUUGCCUGGAACGGUGCCCUCCAGCAGGCGUUACCUCUCUUAGACGCGAAGAGCAACACUGAUGUGAUCCUGGGCGUGACGGCCCUUUGCCGUGGCCAGUUUGAGAUUACGGCGUCCGUAGAGGAAACGGCGCUCUGGCGGGAGGAUGAUGAAGAAGGCGAGGACGGUGAACGCAAGGGAAAAACUGCAGACGGGGGCAGGGCGCGGUCGGACACGCAGACCAUGCUCGAUGCGGUCUUGGGCAAGAGGGAGAGGAGGAUAUGGCAUGCACGCAAGCCGUGUUUGAUACUGCACAUAGACGAUCCCCGGCUCGACCCAGAGUCCCCCACCUUUUCGGAGGACUGGCACCGCGAGCUCGCCCACUUCGACGCUCUCGUCUGCGGGCCGGGGCCGGGCUCGCCCACCAACGACAAGGAUGUCGGCCUCAUGCGGCACGUCUGGGCCCUGAGCGACGAGCAUGUCCUCCCCGUCCUGGGCAUCUGCCUCGGGUUCCAGAGUCUGCUGUGCAAUUUCGGCGCCGAGAUCCGCCAGCUCCAGCAGGGCCUCCACGGCAUGAUUCGCGCCGUCGGUUUCCGCCCGGCCUCGGAGCCCGCGGAGAGCGACAUCUUUACCGGCACCUCUGCCUUCAAGGCCACUCUCUACCACAUGGCGGCGGUUUCCCGGUGCCCGGACAUGGUGCCCUUGGCCUGGGUAGAGGAAGCCCGCGACGGCGGCGGUACCGAGCGCAUCUUCAUGGCCGCCAAGCAUGUGGAGAAGCCCUUUUGGGGACUUCAGUACCACCCGGAAUCCGUGUGCACCGAGGACGCGGGCCAGAGGGUUAUCCGAAAUUGGUUCGACGAGGCGGCGCGCUGGAACGAGCGGCGCGGCCGUCGGCCCGUGGCGGACGGCGAGCUCCUUGCGCGGUUUUGCGUGGCGCCGAGCCACCUCGACGCCAUGGAGGGCACGCGCGCACGGAACAAGGUGGGCAGUGGAGACGAGUAUGUCAAUGGCGCGAGCGCCCUCGCUGGCGUUGGCUUGGACUUUGACUUUUCGUCGCGCGUGGUGCGCUUACCUGAGCACGUCAAGGUGCCUGACCUCGUCGAGAUUCUCGGCGGGCCGGAAAGCGGGCGUGACGGGAAUGGUAUUGACGAAAACGAUUAUAUCGUUUUGGAUUCAUCCAACUGCGACGUGGUGAUUCCCCGGCACGGCAGAUGUUCGGGGUCGGCACAGUAUCGUGGCGCUGGACCGCAGGAUUACGGCUCCCGAAGGGUGCGCCUCUCCAUUUUUGGGGGUUUCAUGGGCUACGUCUCGUACGAGAUGGGCCUGCACGACUUGGACAUCGCCUUGCCAGGGACCCGGAAUCCGGAUAGGCCCGAUCUGCAUUGGGUUUGGGUGACUAGGUCUCUCGUCGUAGACCACCGCGCGGGAACGGUGCAGGUGCAGGAGCUGCGGCCGAAGCUUCGGCAGGGCGGUGGCGACUGGGUCGCUGGCAUCGUUGAAAAGCUUCAGAGUUCUCCCAGGUGGCAGGGGGUCACCAACGGCGAACAAGACGGUGCCGCGGAUCUUCAGGAUUGCAAAGUUGGCCGCAACGCGGAUGUUCAGAUAACAUUCCCUCGAAAACAGAGGCCCAUCUUCUUCUUCUCCGCCCAGCGUCGCCGCAUCGCCCCCACCAUCACUAUAAAUGGUGGCGGUAAGGCUAAUGCGCGGACGGAGUCGUCUUCGCCGACCCACCGCGUGGAAAGCCCUUGGAGCCUGUACAAGCGCCUUCGAUCCCGGCAGCCCGCUCCGUUCGGCUCCUUCAUCCGCCUCGGGGCCGCCACAUUCAUCAGCAGCUCCCCGAGAGCUAAAAAGUCGGCGGCGGUCCGCACUCUAGCGGAUGCCGAGAAGUUGCUCCGCAUUCCCAAGGAAGAGGCCGAAAACCUCAUGAUUGUGGACCUUGUCCGCCACGACCUCCACGGCGUCUGCGGGCCCGGCAGGGUCUCGGUACCGCAUCUGCUCAAGAUUGAAGAGUACGCUUCCGUGUUUCAGAUGAUUACCGUCGUGGAGGGCCGACUCCCAGAACCCCGGGGUGAGGAGGCCAGGUAUACAGCCAUUGACGUGCUAUCGGCCUCAUUGCCACCGGGGAGCAUGACGGGCGCGCCCAAGAAACGCAGCUGCGAGAUCCUCCGCGCCGUAGAGCGGGGACGUGAGCGCGGUAUCUACUCGGGCGUUGUCGGCUACGUCGACGUCACUGGCAAGUCGGACUGGAGCGUCAACAUCCGCUGCUUGUUCAAGUACGACGACGAGUGCGCGUGCGGUUGCCGCGGAGGGUGCGCGGGAGCCAUCGGCCGCGACAAUGACGUUGACGACGUCGGCUGCGGAGAGGUGUGGCACGUGGGUGCGGGGGCGCUGUCACGACGCUGA